UUCGGGUUUAUGGAAAAAUCGCAAUUACGAAAUAGUUGAAAGUGUGAGGCCAACAAGUAUGAUACCAAAAAGUGACGUUAUCAAGCCAAAAGUGAGAAUAAGAGAAGGUGUCCGGAAACUGCAAAAACAGAAGGUAUUCAAGUGUUCCAAAUGCGAAUUCUCUUCAUACUUCAGGGAUAUUCUGGACCAGCAUAUCCACAGAACACAUUUACAACCAAAUCAAGAAUGCAAGCAGAUACAAUCGAAUGAACGUGUUAAUUUUACUAUCAACGGAAAAGAAAAAGCACCCCAUUCCUCUGUUGCUAAUAGGGCGUCUAUAAGGAGUAAGAAAUUUACCUGCACAGAUUGUUCAUUUCCGACGACAGAUUUGAGAAUAUUUCUGAAUCACAUAUUUGUGAUACAUAAAUACCGCUGGUACAAAUGUCUAAUCUGCCGUGUUUGCACGACAUCUCCAAAUGCAAGCAUGGAGCAUUUUCGAAAAAAUCCUGAUCACAUGAUACCAUAUGGGAAAAGAAACUCACAGAAAAAGAUAAUUCAACCGAGACGAGAAAAAAAAUACAGGUACAAGUCGGAUGAGAACUUGAACAUCGAGGUGAAGAAAGAAGGAUUGUUAUAACACCCAAACCUCAUUGUUUCAAGAAGGGGAAUAAAAUAGAAAAAAAAUUCUACUGUGAGGUUUGUGAAUUUAAAACACUUAGCUACAGUACACUGAUGGUACAUAAGAAUAGGAAUCAUAAUUUGGCUAUGAGAUGCCCAGGGUGUUUUCGUCACUUAAAUUCGAUAGCUGAAUUGAUAAAACAUUUAAUGGAUAGUCCCAAUCAUAUGACGACUUAUCUCAGAUGCAACAUUUGUGAUUUUGGAACCUACGAUGAACGGGCAUUAACGAUUCAUAAGAAGAGGAAACAUUUUUAAUCAAUUCAUGACGGAAGUGAACGAAGAUCCGUGAAGGUGAAAAUAUCUAAUGUGAGUAGAAAGUAUUAUUCCUGGAAUCGAAAAGAAGAAAAUGAGAAAAGUAUGGACGUCACUGACACAAUCGAAGUAGAUUCUUACGUUUGCAUAUAAACUAGAAGAUUUCAAAUAACCGACUUUGCAAUAGAGGCAAACGAGAAAUAUGAAGUGAAACAACGUCUGAACUUGGGUACCUAAAACAUAUUGU